CUCCUUGUCCUCGUGACCACGCCUCCGAAGCGAAGCUCGUGGAGUAGAGGGAAAGCCUCACCGCGAGGCAAACACUGAAUGUUUUAUAUAAGGAAUAAUUAAAACUAAUAGAAAAGGCAUUUAAUUGGAUAUUUAUAUCUGGCAUCAAGACAUUUUACUUUCAGGAUAUCGGAUCUGUUAAAUAAGAUUUAGGUUUCUUAGCUACCAUUGUGUUUGCUAAUUUGCGAUUUUCCUUCAGUCGUUCCUUAGCUUUAGCUACAACAGGACUAGCUAGUUAGAAUUUCGCCGGCACAUUAUUGUUGCUUUAAAUGUUAGCAGGAGCGAGCUUGCCAACUAUAGCCAAAUAUAGCUGAACUGGCUAUUAAUUAGCUGCGUUUCAAUAGUUGGAGGCUUUGAUCGUUUUGAAUUUCGCCAGUUCGUUUUCGCUGCUCCCAAACCGCAUUGCAAUUUGGUUAGCGGUCUCGCUUAGCUGUCACUGCCUUACUCUUCUUCAGUGGGUGCAACAUUCCCCACCGAGUUCGCUAGCAAGAUACCUGGAACGAUAAAGACGCUGCUGUGUUCAGCUGGCUAAUCUCGGGAAGACUGUUUAGAGGUGGUCGCUGCACUUUCAAGGAAACUGGUGGGAAAAACAAAGUAGUUUCCUAGCUAGCUUCAGUUAGGAUAUAAGUGUCGCAAAUAGGGGAGGCAGAUAAACAAACUAUCUAGCUUGAGUGCUGGCUAGCCACAGGUAAGACGUAUACAUACGCGCCCGUCAAACGAAGUGCACUAUUUGCCUUUCUAGAGCACCACACAAUCAUAGAAUUAUGUAAUAGCAACUACCGGUUAGCUGGUUCGUUUUGUACGAGUACUGAAAUUAGUCCUUUGAAUCAAACUCGUAACUACCCUUAACUUGAGGAAAACUUCUCAGCUAUCGGUUAAAUCAAUCUUGCUAGCCAACUUGUCUGUCCUCCAUGUUAUUUUACAGGCUAACAAAAUAGAUAACAUUAGAUAGCUACAACUUUGCUCACAUUGGAUAGUUGGCUAACUACGUCGUUAGCCGUAAAGAUUCGGGUUCCGGCCUAGCCAUCAUAUGUUUGGUCGCUAGCUAGCUAACGUUGGUCAUUCACAUUCUGAAUCAACCAGUUGCUUCUUCGGUCAGUUAAAAAGACGGCAAGCUAAUUGACUUUCUAGAUAUCCAUAGUCUUUGUAUAGCAAGCUAGCUAUAGGUAUACAGCAAAUUUAGUCGACUGUGGUAAACGUUCAUAUGCUAUCGAUAGUCCUUUAUAAGCGCACAUUUGUAAAAUCGCAUAGUUGGUCGAGGUGAUGCUGAAGUUGUCAAGUUUGCGUUUCAAAGCCGACAAACUUGGGUACUAGCUUCAAACUAAUUUAUUCCCGUUGUAUCAAGUUUAUGUUCGUCAGAAACGCAUUCGGUUUAAUUUGCUAACUUGUACCGUGCAUCUAGUGCUAGUAACGUUGACCAGCUAACGUUAACUUAGCUACUGUUUGCCAGAUCAGUUUCCGUGAAGCCAAUACAGCUUGUAUGGACUGAUAUAAACGACUUACUUUUUCAUUAUUUUUUUAUCUUAUACAAAACAUUUCAUAUUCGAAGGAAAAUUAAUACAGCAUUACAAAGCUAGUUGAUAUCACAGAAGUGUAGCCAUGAGUAUCGAAAUACCGGCUGGUUUGACGGAGUUGCUACAAGGCUACACUGUGGAAGUGCUCCGCCAAAGGCCGCCAGACUUGGUGGAGUUCGCCGUUCUCUAUUUCACGCGCCUGCGAGAAAACAGAACCCAAGACGGCGCUGAGCCGGCUACUACAGCCAAGUCUGGAGGGAAAGGGGUGAUGUUUGAUGGGGAGCCGAUGCAGACUGAGUCUAAUGGAGACGACGAAGACGAGGACGACGACUCUGAUUUUGAGCCUCCUCCUCCCAGCAGAUUCAAUCGCAGGGUGUCAGUGUGCGCGGAGGCUUAUAACCCUGAUGAUGAAGAGGAGGACACGGAGCCGCGGAUCGUGCACCCCAAAACGGACGAGCAGCGCUGCAGACUGCAGGAGGCCUGCCGGGACAUCCUGCUGUUCAAGACCCUGGACCAGGAGCAGUUUUCGGAAGUGCUGGACGCCAUGUUCGAGCUGCGGGUGCAGCCGCAGCAGCACGUCAUCGACCAGGGCGACGACGGCGACAACUUCUACGUGAUCGAGAGGGGCGUGUAUGACAUCGUGGUGCGGGGCUGCUGCGUGGGGCAGUACGACAACAAGGGCAGUUUCGGGGAGCUGGCGCUCAUGUACAACACCCCCCGAGCCGCGACCAUCGCCGCCACCACCGAGGGGGCGCUGUGGGGCCUGGACCGGGCCACGUUCCGCAGGCUGAUCGUGAAAAACAACGCCAAAAAGAGGAAAAUGUACGAGAUCUUCAUCGAGUCCGUGCCCCUGCUCAAGUCCCUGGAGCUGUCGGAGCGGAUGAAGAUUGUCGACGUUCUGGGAAUGAGAUCCUUUCAGGAUGGAGAGAAGAUCAUCAUGCAGGGGGAGAAGGCGGAGUGCUUCUUCAUCGUGGAGUCGGGGGAGGUGAAGAUCAUGAUGAAGAGUAAAACCAAGGCCGACCAGCAGGACAACACAGAGGUGGAGAUCGCCCGCUGCAGCCGGGGCCAGUACUUCGGAGAGCUGGCCCUGGUCACCAACAAGCCCCGCGCCGCGUCCGCCUACGCCGUGGGCGAGGUCAAGUGCUUGAUUAUAGACGUGCAGGCGUUUGAGCGCUUGCUGGGGCCGUGUAAGGAGAUCAUGAAGAGGAACAUCACUCACUACGAGGAGCAGCUGGUGGCCCUGUUCGGCUCCAGCAUGGACCUGAGAGACUGACGGCCGUCUCCGUGCCUUACCGACGAGAACACACACACACACACACACACACCGACGCGGUCUCUCAUACACGCUCUAUACCGCGUACACACACUCACAAGCGUGCGCUCGCACCGUCUUUCACACGCACGCCAGCGCACUCGCACACAGCACACACACAGGUCACACACACACGCACGCACUCAGCCAAGGACACACUCCCACCCUUAAAAGAACACCAGAUAAUAAAAAAAAAACUAAUAUAUUUAAAAUAAAAAAAAUGUAAAAAAACAAAAAAACAAAAAAAAAAACACUUUAAAAUGCAAAAAAAAAUAAGAGGUACAAAGAGAAAGUUUUAGAAACAUUUUAUGAAGAUAUAAAUACGCUUUGAUAAAAUAUUAUUUAAAUGAAAAAGUGUUUCCUCUUUGGGACGCUCUGUUGUUCCGGACCGGAGUGCGCGCUCCUGACCUUCGCGGGUCCGUCUGCUGCUCCAGGUGUGGUGAUAUACCCCCCUAACACACGUCGUAUUGAUUAUUGUAUUAUUAUCAUUGUUCUUUCAUUUGCCCAUUUUAGAACUCCCAGUAACAAAGUUAAAACAAAAACAAACAAACAAAAAAAACAAAAAAAAACAUUGUAGUGCUUAUUUCUCUCUUCUGGAUCAGUCAUCUUGGGAAAAAAACAAUAAAGUGAACAUUUUGUUAAA